GCAAAAUGUUUCGCCUGUUUUUCCAUUAUGUUGACAAAUCUGCUGACAAAACACGCUCUUUAGUUAAAUAUAUGACUUAAUAACGCGCAACACAAGUCUUUGUCAGUAGGCGCUUUACCAGUUGUUGUUACAGAAACGCAAUGUUCGAAAUUUUGUAAAGUGCGCUCGUUCAAAGUUUAGAGUGAUUUGAUUUUUAAAAGAGAAAUGAACGAAAAGUGUUAAGAUUGAUCAGGUGGAAAUAUUUUAUACGUAAGUGAAUUAUUACGUAAUUUGAUAAAAUUUUGACAUAUCUCACGGCAGGAAAAGUAAUUGAAAUCCGUCGGGAUUACGGCAUAGACGCACGAAGCUACAAAAUGAGUACGACAAUGAAAUUGUUGCAAGAAGUGGUCACAUGUCUAACAGUGUUGACAAUUUUCUGCGCAUGCGUAAUGGCAUUCCCGUCAUCUUCAUUCAACACAGGCACAAGAAAUGGUGAAUUAGAAACUCUACUAGAAGAAUUAAGGAAAGAACUUAGCAUCAACGCAAAACCAAAUAGCAUGAGAAAUGAAUUAUCUUUGCCUAAUUCAAGAUUUUCAGUGAGCCAAGUUAAAGAUAACCCUCACUUCGGUACACUUGAGAACUAUCCAACUUCAGAAGUAAGAGCACAUCCACUUCUGUCGGUUCUAUUGUCAAAGAAUGGCAAUUCUAACACGUUUGACGUGAAUAAACGCCAAGGCUCGUGGGACUAUGAUUAUGGUUUGGGCGGUGGACGAUUUGGUAAACGUGCGUUUGGUGAUUACUCUCUAGGUGGAGGUAGAUUUGGUCGUGAUGUGAGUCGCGCGCAAGGAAUGGAAGCAGAAGAAAUGUUAGACUUUGAAGAUCCUAUUUCAGACUAGAUUGAUAAACGUACAUAAACAUUUAAAAAACAUUGGAGGGAUGCUUUUUUACAUAUUGCUUGAGUAACGACUGACAUAUCAUGGGAGACGAACACGGUAUAAAGAAACGUAUAGUUUUAUUAGAAAUGAUUUCAGAUGUUUAUGAGGAAAUAGAGAAUAAUGAUUUUGGAAAAAAAAUAGCUAAAAAUUGAUAUAAUAAAAAUAGUGAUAAAAAAUAUGGUGUUUAAUGAAAUAAAGGAAAACUUUGACUUU